GCUCAGCAAAGUGGUUUCGCGAUUGCCACCCGAUAUAUUGGAUCUCAUUUGUCCACACUUUCCCAUAAAUGAUAUGGUGUCUUGUGCAAACGAGGAUACACACCGUGUUGCCGAGGUAAAGAUCAUCAUUCUCUACAGGUGCUAUGGGGGUUCCUAUAGUACAGCUUGACUGUUGUUACUCGUAAGGAUGGUUCUAGAAUGAUGACAAACUGUGGCCAAAAUCAUGGUGCCGCGCGUGAGGGCACACAGCGUAUUAGCCCCGGGCGGUAUCAUGAGCCGUAAUCCAGCAGUCAUAUGCUCGAUCUCCAUGAACUCAUAUUAAUCACUGAUGGCACAAUAGGGCUCGUGUCAAGCAUAUAAAGCGCGAUUAUUCACCUCUCCAUUCUGGAGUCCCCUUUGACCAUGGCUCCUGCUCAAGUGGCCAAAGUGGUGUUAUAUUAUGAUAUCUCUUCAACAUAUUCAUUGCUUGCCAUGACGACUCUAUUUCGGUACCUGUACCUCCUGAGCCUGGUCCCCUGCAUCACGGGAAACCCACCGCCUUUGAAGGCAACGGCUCAUGCUCCGUACUUGCUCCAGGAUGUUCACACGUUGUCCGACCGUUUGGGAGUCGACAUCCGUUCUUUGAAUGUGAUGCGCUUUAUGAGAGUGGUGUAUAGGGAAGAAUCACAGAAGACUCUGUAUGAAUGUACACGAUUGCUUUUCCUCGAGUUCUUCAGCGUUCAAUCAGUCUACAGCACUCCUUCAUUUUUUGAUUGCCUCACACCGUUUCCAUUCACACGCACGAGGCUUAGGGAGAUCAUUGAAAAGUCGCAGAUUCGAGAGAACAAAAAAGGGUUAAUAUCAGAUGCACAAGAAAUCGUUGCCAAGUAUGGAAUUUUUGGCGUUCCUCUCAUCACGGCCACCAGGCCUGAUGGUGGGAUGACUCAAGCAUGGUUCGGUCAAGAUGCAAUUGAAUCAAUAGGUUGGUGGCUUGGUCCAGAAUACAAAUGGAAUGGCCCUUAUCCUGACGGACGGGAUUCCUCAAGGCCUAUUAUCACUCAAGCGGACGUGAACAAUGCACGCAUCGAGGCCAGGCUCUAGUCCCCACAUAACCGCCCAGGAUCGCAUUCACAUUCGUUUCCCACCGUUUCACAUCUCCGUUCUAGAGUCAACAUUGUUUUUGUGAAGUAUUAUAACUUGAUACAGAUUUGUAUCUGGAGACCGUGUGAUCCUGAGGAUUAAAAU